UGCAUGAUGUGCAUAAUGGAGAGGCACACCAUUGCAACAUUCAGCUCCAAGGGCAAGGUCAUCAAGCCCUUGGAAAUCGUCCAAAACCUCAAACGGAUCGUCAAACACCUGCAGUUUGGCAAACAGGAGGACGUGCAUGAGUUCUUCUGCUACAUCAUAGAAGCUCUGCACCUCUCCUGCCCAAUCAACCACGACAAGCUGGAAGAACAUAUGGAGAAGACCUCGGUGAUUCACCAGAUCUUCACAGGGCAGCUGAGAUCGACAGUGGAGUGCACACAGUGCUCCUGCACCUCGGACACAUUCGAAAACUGCCUGGACAUCAGUCUUCACAUCAACAAUUCGCCAGAUCUGCUGGCAGCUUUUGCAGAUUUCACCAAGACAGAGACACUGGAUGAAUACACUUGCCAAAGGUGCUGUUGCAAGGUGAAGGCCACGAAGAGGAUGAGCCUUCACCAUCUCCCGAACGUCUUGGCCCUCUCCAUCAAGAGAUAUGACCUGUUUGGAAACAAGAUCAAUCGGGUAAUGUUUGGUUAA